AUACGAAAGAGCUGUCGUUUACACAUAACAUGUGUAAUGAAGUAUUUUCUGAAAAUUUAUAUUCAAAGAGAUAUUCACAAGUGCAUACAAAAGAAAAGUUGUACAAAUGUGUCAUAUGCAAUAAAACCUAUUCUUAUUUGCUAAAUUUAAAGACACAUUUACGGAACCAUACAAAAGAAAAGCCAUAUGCUUGCAAUAUUUGUAAUAAAACUUUAUCUGCGUGAGCGGUUUUAAAAGUGCAUACGAAAGAGCGACCGUUUGAAUGUGGUUUUUAUAAUAAAACAUUUUCCCAGCAAGUGAAUUUAAAACCACAUAUAUUAAUACAUACAAAAGAAAAGCCGUAUGCAUGUAACAUUUGUAAUAAAACAUUAUUCAGAGUACAACUUUAAAAAUGAAUUUAUUAACACAUGCAAAAGAAAAACCGCAUAUCUGUGGCACGUGUAAUAAAGGAUUUUCUCGAAAACAAUAUUUAAAAACACACUUGCAGAGCCAUUCAGAUGAGAAACGAAAUGCGUGUGACAUUAGCAGUAAAACGUUUUCUACUGAGUGGGGUUUGAAAAGUCCUCUAUUAAUGCAUAUGAAAGAGAAACUGAUUACAUGUGAAAUGUGUAAUAAACAAUUUUCUCAGAAGACGAAUUUAAAAUUACAUUUAUUUACUCAUACAAAAGAGCAACCGUUUACAUGUGAAAUGUGUAACAAACAGUUUUUUCAGAAGUGGCGUUUAAAAAGACAUUUAUUUACUCAUACAGAACAGAAGCCGUAUGUCUGCGACGUUUGCAAUAGAGCUUUUUCUCAGCGAUAUAAUUUAAAGAUACAUUUACGAAUACAUACGGAAGAGAAACCAUUCCUAUGUGACAUAUGUAAUGAAGCAUUUGCUCACAGCUCCACUUUAAAGGUACAUUUACGAACUCAUACGGGAGAGAAACCGUAUGCAUGUAAAAUUUGUAAUAAAUCAUUUACUCGGAGUUCAGCGUUGAAUAUGCACUUACUAAUACAUAUGCAAAAUAAACCAUAUACAUGUGACAUUUGUUAUAAAUCAUUUUCUUAUAAUUAUACUCUCAAAAGACAUCUACGGACGCAUACAAACGAGAAGCCAUAUGCUUGCGAUAUUUGUAAAAAAACUUUCAAUGGGCAGAAGGCUUUAAAAGUGCAUGAACAGGUGCAUACGAAAGAAGAAUGGUUUGAAUGUGGUUUGCGUAAUAAAACAUUUUCCCAGCAAGCUAAUUUAAAAUCACAUAUAAAAGAAAAACCGCAUGUCCGUGACACAUGUAAUGGUGGAUUUUCUGGAAACCAAUAUUUAAAAACCCAUUUACAGAGCCAUUCAGAUGAAAAACGAUAUGCUUGUGAUAUUUGCAGUAGAGCGUUUUCUACUCUUUGGGGUUUGAAAGGUCAUGCAUUAACGCAUACGAAAGAGAAUACAUUAGUCAAAAAAGAGAAAUCGUUUACAUGUGAAACGUGUAACAAACAGUUUUCUCAGAAGGGGCAUUUAAAAGUACAUUUAUUUACUCAUACAAAAGAGAAGCCGUAUGCCUGCGACAUUUGCAGUAGAGCUUUUUCUCAGCAACAUAAUUUAAAGACGCAUUUACGAACACAUACGAAAGAGAAACCGUACGUAUGUGAGAUAUGUAAUGAAGCAUUUGCUCAUGGCUCCAUUUUAAAGGCACAUUUACGAAUACAUACGGGAGAGAAACCGUAUGCAUGUGACAUUUGUAAUAAAUCCUUUACUCAUAAUUCUUCUCUCAAAAAACAUUUACGGACGCACAAGAAAACAGAAAUAGCUGGCAUGUGACUUUUAUCUUAUAGCUUUAAAUGCAUACCUGCUGACACUUGCCGUCGAGUGCGAACAACCCAUGCACCUGUAAAGUAUGUGAAGCUUUUUUUGAGCAAGAACAUUUUGACAAAUUCUCAUCGACACUGACUAAAAGUUCGUGAUACAUGUAAUUUCAGUUUUUUUUAUAUACAAUUCUAAAAUAAGAUAGUAAUAGAAAUGUAAUAAUUUAUGAAUGUGUAAUAGUCCAUUUUUUCAUUUCGUAAAGCAAAUUUCUUUAGACUUGUAACAGCACGCUUAGUUUUAUUAUCAAUGACAACUUGCACAAUUUUAGUAAUAAAAUGCGUGUACCAAGUGCGUAAUUUAGAAUAGUUCUUUGCCCCAUACCUCCUUGAUAAAAUAAUUUCACGCCCGGAUUUUGUGUCGUUGUUUACCUGGACUCAUAAUAGAUGGAAACCAUACAUGUAUGAAAUGUGUAUUAAAGUAUUUUGUGCACGAAAAUUUUUUAAAUAUUAUAAUGAAAAGAAUUUUUCUAAUAUAUAAAGAUUAUAUGAAAUAGGAGAAAGAAAAAUGGUUUUAUUUUAUUAAAGAUGGUUAAAAUAAAUGUCUACUUUGAAUGAUUGUAUGUUUAUUGCUGUGUUGAUGAUGCUGUAUUGAUUUGUGAAGCAGAUUUACAUAAACAAAUUAUUUAAUUUCAUGAGAAAACGGAGUGUUAAUAUUAAAAAUUCCUCAUAUGCUUGCAUUAAAAUAUGUUAAUAAUAAACAAGCAUUUGCUUUUUAUUGCCGAGUAAUUUAAACAAAACUGUUUUAUAAAACUUCUAUACGAGGCCAUGUUCCUUAUUUAUUUUUAAUUCAUUUAGU